GUCCGAUCAAUAGUGAACGUCGAACAUUCUGAAGGCUAAAGUUCUCUCCAUUUUUUAUGCAUUUUCAGGUUAACAGGGCUGUGCUGUGCUGAACACACUUAGAAUGGACUUCCCUGCUGUAAAUAUAGCAGCUCUCGCUGAUUUACUCAAGGCUUCAGAAGAAGGAAGUGAUGAUGAAGACAAGACUGUAAGCACAGCAGCAAGACUAGGCCCAGGAGCAAUCGGACCGGCUGCUGGCGUCCAGGCUAAACAGAAAGAAGCAGAGACAAAGAAGACACAGUCUAAGGAUAUUUGGGAUGCAGAUGAAGUUCCUGAGGGUUCUCAGUAUGAUGAUGUGGACGACCCUAGACCACAGCCCGAAUAUGAUAUCAUCAUGAAGCAAGCGGUCACGACGGAGGAUAUGUAUUUACAGCUAGGCAACAAGACACCCAGCACUGUAUGCUGUGAGGAUAUGGUGAUAAAGAUCAACUUACCAGAUACCAAGUUGGCCGACGUCGAUUUGGAUGUUACAGACAAGUUCUUGGACUGUAGGACACCUAAAUAUAAACUUGGCCUUCACCUCCCGCACCCUGUCGAUGGGAAGAAUGGUAAAGCCCAGUGGAUCUCGGACAAAGAGAUGCUAGUUGUGACUUGCAAGAUGGUGAGAGAGUAUGACUUCCUUCACUCGUGACCAACCCAGAGAUCUUAUUGACUAUCCUCGGCCAGUUUACGACAAGAAUGGUACCUCUCUCAUUGGAUCAAAUGACAAAUAAGACAAUGCCCGAGACAUCACUGCAGUAGGGUGCCAUCAUGUAGAUGUCAAAAGGAGGUUCCUUAUUGGCCCAUUCUGUGCACCACACUUGCAUAGCUGUGUUUCCUCGUCGUUUGACCUCCAAGAUGGCAGUUGGAUGACAUCAAUGCAAAAGGGUCAAUCAGAAACUAUUAUUGUGUUCUGCAAGAUUGUUCAAUAGGUAGUGUGACCUCCCUACAUGUGUUACCAACUAUAGGUGACUGGGUGCUGUUUACUUGUUCAACAUUUAACAUGGAUUGUUAAAAUGCAAUCGUUUGUAGGACUGUGUGUUAGAAAAAAGGGGGGACAUGUUUUCCAAGGUUUUUUUUAUGCCUGGGUGAUUUUAAUAACAAUAAUAAUUACAUUUAUAUAGCACUUUAUACUAAAAAUAAGUUUCUAAGCGCUUCACAAAAAAACACAUAUAAAGAUAAGUAAGCAAACAGGAAAAUUAAAGCUAGAAAUAUACAAUAAUAAUACAAAAGGUACACCAAAUAUACAAUAUAACAGGCUAUUUAGAAGAAACCAAUAUCAUUAGACUAAGAGAAACAAUUGUUGAAAUCUCAUUGACGUGCUUGAACAUCAGACGUGGCAACUGAGUCAAACUCACUAUUUUGGGAGUCAAACGAGUAAGUGUGUCAACACUGUGUCACCUAGAAAUUGUUCUACAACGUUAAACACAGGGAUAUUGACUCCCAAAAUGGCACAACCAAGAUUAUUGUGUUGACGGUCUCAGCUGAAUUUGGUCAAUAAGCAAUAAUGCGAUACAUUUUUAUGGCCAUCUUGUACCAAAUAAGUUGCCUCACUGUUCAUCACCGCAUCUUAUUUGGUUUUGCUCAUUUGGAAAGUAUUUUUAGUUUUUAAUGUUUAAUUCAGCACUGUAAAUAUCAGAAUUGUUGUGUUAAUGAAAAGUAAAGUUAGGGGCCUAUAUAUUAAUAACAGAUCAUUCCUUCCUUUCACUGAAUCCGUCCAUUUUGUGAAUAUUUUCCAAAUCAAGUUUUGUAUGCAAUAAAA